AUGACAAGCCAACCUGCAAAGCGGCUGGACCUGCAAGGGAUCCGAGGUCUUGCGAUUCUUGCAGUUCUUGGCUUCCAUUUCUACCCAGGAGCUUUUCCGAAUGGUUAUCUCGGCGUUGAUCAAUUCUUUGUCCUAUCCGGAUUCCUGAUGUGCAUGCUGCUCAGACGAUCCGAAAAUGAGCCGGCUUUCAGUCUUAUCAGAACUUUUCACUACAAGCGGUUAAAAAGAAUCCUUCCACUAUACUUCCUGGUCAUUUUGGCUGGCAUGAUCGGGCUCUAUAGCUUCUUCCCGGAUAUUUCCAUUGAUUCCAACCAGAAAUCUGCAACAAGAGCUCUGUUUUUCAUAUCUAAUAGGGCAUCGACAUUGGAGGAUGAUUAUUUUUCUAUGCUCUCCAUGGCAAUGGACAUUUUCACUCAUACAUGGUCCCUGUCAGUUGAAGUUCAGUUUUAUGUACUAGUCCCGUCUAUGUAUCUAAUUGGAACUAAGCUACCAGCAAAACUUCACAAUCCUUAUUAUACAAUUAUUGGCCUUGCGUCCUACCUAUUCUUCCAUUUCUCGCCUGCGCCAGUGGCAUUUAAUAGUGUGCUGGCAAGAAUUUGGCAGUUUAUAAUAGGAAUGCUAAUUUACAAUAUUGGAUGCUCAAAGCUGAAGCGGCACUAUAAAAUUCUUACGGACCAGGAAGAGAAGUGCAAGCUCCAGGAGAGCUAUAAGAGCUAUAUUUUCUUAGCAGCACUGACAAUCAUGGCAUUUUUUCCAAUCCCACUUGAUGCUUCAAUUAUCAGACCACUAGUCACUAUUGGAACAGGCUGCUUAAUGCUAACAUGUGAGGGUAAUCCGAUGUUGUCGAAUAAGAUUCUAACAUAUCUCGGUGAUAUCUCAUAUUCUCUCUACCUGAUCCACUGGCCUAUUUAUGCGUACUGGAAGCUCACUUGCAACGGGGAUAGUUCUUUAUUAAUCUGUGCACUGAUCUCAUCUAUCGUUCUCGCGAUCGUUUUUUUCGAGACUUUCGAGAAGUGGUACCUAAAACUCUCCAAUCCAAACUUGUCCAUACUAGUUGCACUGCUUUUUGCGUCAAGUGGGCUCGCUAUCGAGAAAAUCGAGAUCUCAAAUCAAAUCUACAUGUAUCGCCAUAACAUCAAGACCCUCGACAGUGUCACCAGUAACAUGACGGUAGACGACGCGAUCCGUCUCAACUAUCAAUGGAAUAUCGAUGACGGGGCGAACUUGAUCGUGUCCAGCUGUGCCUAUGAAAGCGGAGCAGGGCCAUUUGGAUGGUGCAAUCAUACGGGUCUGAACCCGUCUGGAAAGUAUAAAAUCGUGAUGUUCGGCAACAGUUGGGUGGCUAAUCAUGCGGCGAUGCUUUAUCAAGAGUGCGGUCAUAAAGCCAAGAUUCUUAUUCAAGGCUCUGCAAAUGCAUGUGACCCGUUGUACUUCACAAGAGCCGCCCACGCCGAGGACCUUUGCCGAAAGAACUUCUCAAAUUUUGAAGAGCGUGUACGUCUGGAACAACCGGAUUAUGGAUUCAUGCUUACAAGGCACCUGGCGAUUGGCGAGCUGCGUCCUCCAAAUGUAACAACCUUCGAGGAAGAUACCGUAUACCAAGUUAUGAAGCAGCAAAUGUUGAAGUUUGUCUCAAAUGUAAAACAUAAAAUCUACAUUGUUAACGCCUUCCCAAGAAUUGAUCAGUCAGCAGUGGUGAAAAUUGCAAAGUGGCUGAAAAAUGGAACAAGCCCGGAGGAAGUUGAUAAACGCCUAUUCACGUGGAAGUAUGCAGAAAUUGAACAGACCCGCUACGAGCUGAUGCGGGAAAGGUACGGUCAACUGGAGAAGGAUUGCAACGGGAAGUGCGUGCUUGUGGACUAUAAGCCGAAAUUCUUCAAUCCACACACUGGGCUCUACAGGAUGUUUGAUGAUCGAGGGUUUUCGUAUUACACCAUGGGUCUGCAUUUUUCACCGCAUGGCAUUGAAUUUGUUAGGCCGAUUUGGAGAGAUAUUUGUAAUUCGUUGUGAUUAAAUCGAAUAAAGAUAACU